CACGGCAACAAAAAGUAUGCUCCCAGCAGUUGUAGAAACGCUACACUAAGAACUCAUCAGAACGAAUGUGUGACUUGGCGAAGGCAGUCGGAAUGGGCGCCGCAAAUGAGAAGCUGUCGCCAUCGUCUUGGAUGUUGGCCCCCACAUGAACCAAGGCCCUCCUGAUGGCCCGACAGACCUUCAGGAGGCUAAAACCUGCGCCGAACUUAUGAUACAGCGCAGGAUCUUCUCGGAGUCCAAGGACGAGGUUGCCGUGGUAAUCUGCGGUAGCCAGCGCACAAACAACAGCCUGUCGAGCGACGACGAGUACCAGAAUAUUGACGUCUUGUGUGGCCUGCAGCCAGUCAGCUUUGACAUGCUGGACAAGCUUGCCGAGGUUAAGGCCACGCAGCAUGUUUGUGACUUUGUUGAUGCCAUCGUAGUCGCUCUCGAUGUAAUUGUGGACAAGACAAAGAACCUCAAGUUCAGCAGCCGGCGAGUGGUGCUUUUGUCAAACCUCGGUGGGACCUUCAAUGACAGCCAGCAAAAUAUCAUUGCUGAAGGAAUGAAGAACUCUGAUUUGUCUCUGACCAUCGUCUGCCCAUUUGAUGUUCAGAAUGUUGAAGAUGAUUUGGAGAAGUUGUCUUCAAGCCAGCAGCAAGCAGUUAAAUAUGUUGGCAAAAUCCUGGAAGCAGUCAACGGCGACUCGUACACAUUUAGCCAGGCUAUGCCAGCCCUCAUGUCAUAUGAGAAGAAGCGCACCCGCCCUACACCUUGGAAUGCCAACCUUGAAAUCGGGCCUGACAUCUCCAUACCAAUCUCGUCGUACAUCAAGGUAGUGGAGGUCAAGCCCAAGCCGUGGAAACAGUGUACUGCCAGGCGCACUGCAGUUCCUGUGCGCUGUGACACUGUCUACUACCGCAAUGAUGAAAAAGAAACGGAGGUGGAGAGAGAUGGCACCAUACAAGCAUACCGGUACGGCUCCACUCUGGUACCUUUCACUGAUGAAAACCGGGAGGCCAUGGAGGGAAGCAAGGCAAGCUCUGGGCGGGGCCUCCAGGUACUUGGAUUCACCGAUGAAGCCAAUAUCAAGAGACACUACUACAUGGGUGACAAGACUUCUUAUGUGGUUGCCAGAAAAGGAGAUGAGUCUGCUGGUGCUGCCCUAUCUGCACUGAUCCAAGCCCUCAAGAAGUCCAAGAUGGUGGCUAUCGUCCGGUACGCCUUCUCCGACAAGAGUGCACCUCGAAUGGGCUUUCUAAGCCCACGGAUCAAGGAACGCUAUAAGUGCCUCGUGUUCAUUCAAUUGCCUUACAUGGAAGACUUGCGAAGAUUCACGUUUCUGCCCCUGGACACCAACAAAGACAAUAUUCCAACUGACAUGCAGCUGUCCCUGUUUGAUGAUCUCAUAGCGGCGAUGGACCUUACAGCUGUGGAUAUAAAUGGAGAACCAGAAGAGCUGUUCAAGUCUAGUCAAACCUCAAAUCCAUACUUGCAGCGGCUGUAUCAGUGUAUUCAACACAGAGCAAUGCAUCCAAAAGACCCAUUGCCUCCUAUUCCUCAACAUAUUGCAGAUGCCAUCAAGACGCCCAAGGCGGUUUCAGAGCUUGCAGAGCCCAUUCUAAAGAAAAUUUCAUCUGCAUUUCCCCUGGAGGACGUCACCCCAGUAAAAGUGCCUCAAGACAACGGAGUUGGACCCUGCGACCAAAACAAAGAUGAUGCCACAAGCUCGGACGAGCCUGCCUCCAAGAGGGCACGUGCCGAUGUCAGCAUGGCAGACUUGGUUGCCACAGCAACAACAAAGGUGGACGUGGUGAACCCUGUAGAGGACUUCAAGAAACUAGUCUCUGGCAAAGAUUAUUCUUACCCAGAAGUCUGUCAGCAGCUGGAAGAAGUCAUUCUGAAGUUGUUCAAGGAUGCCCUCGGGCGAGCAGCCCAUGGCAAAGCAGUGCACUGCCUUCGAGCCUACCGGGAAUCUGCACUUGAGAAAGCCAAUCCUGACAUGUUUAACACCUUUCUGAAGAAACUGAAGGAAGUGCACUGCAGAGACCAGGACGAUGUUUGGAAUCUGUUGACGAAAGAAGCGGUGCCACCUAUUGGGAAGAAGGAAUGUGAGCAAAGCACCUGGCUAGAUGAUGAGGUGGAGCGUUUCUACGCUGCUGAGAAGCAAAAUGCAGAAAAGGAAGAGCAGCCUGCCAGGGAUGAGGAUGAUCUGCUGGACAUGAUGUGAAGCUGGACGAAGAAAGUGGACAAGAAAACAUUUUAUUUGUCAGGCAUAAAUAGCAGAAAUAGAUGUUCUCUGUUAGCAAGAAAAUAAAAUAAAAGACGGCUGAUCCAGCUUGUAUAUUACA